UGACAUUGGAGGUUAGAAGUGCACUGUUUUUCAGGCCCCGUCAGUCGUUCUCUCAAUUAACUGUGUUUUCUCAUCAAGUGAAGUGUUUUUAUUAAUUUUUUUCCUUCGAAAUUAACUUCGGAGAGAAUAUUUCAAGAUUUUAUGCGAUACAGCUUCCAAGAUGUUCUCGAAAACGUUAGCCAGCACUGUGAAAUGCGUUAGCAGGAAUCAGUUUCAUGGGAGUCAGAGAUUUCAGAGCACUCUAGUCCUAGCUGAGCAUAACAAUGAAAAUGUCGCUGCAGCCACAAGACAUGCAGUUACAGCAGCUGCUAAACUUGGAGGAGACGUUUCCGUUCUUGUUGCUGGAACAAAAGUUGCACCUGUUGCUGAACAAGUCUCUAAAAUCAAAGGAGUAAAUAAAGUCCUGACUGCUGAAGGUCCUGAGUUCAAUGGAUUUCUAGCGGAAUCAAUCGCUCCAUUAGUUGCCGCCACUCAGAAACAAUUGAACUCUACUCACAUUGUUGCUGCCGCUAGUGCUUUUGGUAAAUCAGUUCUACCCCGUGUUGGUGCUCUAUUAGAUGUCUCCCCUGUCUCAGACAUAAUUGGUAUUAAGGACAAAGACACAUAUGUGCGAACAAUUUAUGCAGGUAAUGCCAUUUUAACUCUGAAGUCCCUAGACCCUAUCAAAAUCAUCAGUGUGAGGACAACCAGUUUCGAAGCUGCUGAAGAUGGAGGCUCUGCAGCUAUUGAACAAGCUCCAUCUGGAGAUUUCAAAUCAACUGUCUCAGAAUUUGUUGGCCAGGAGCUGACCAAAAGUGACAGGCCAGAUCUAGGAAGUGCCAAAAUUGUUAUCUCUGGAGGUCGAGGCCUAAAGUCCGGAGACAACUUCAAGCUCUUGUAUGAUCUUGCUGACAAAGUUGGAGCAGCUGUCGGAGCAUCUCGAGCUGCAGUUGAUGCUGGGUUUGUGCCAAAUGACAUGCAGAUUGGUCAAACAGGAAAAAUUGUAGCACCUGAGCUGUAUGUUGCUGUUGGAAUCUCUGGUGCCAUUCAACAUUUAGCAGGAAUGAAAGACUCUAAAACUAUUGUCGCCAUCAACAAAGAUCCAGAUGCUCCCAUUUUCUUGGUUUCUGACUUUGGACUUGUUGCAGAUUUAUUCAAAGCAGUCCCUGAAAUGAUUCAGAAAGUUUAAUGUCUUUUGCUCAAACCAAAGCUUACUCGUAUCUACAGCCAAAAGAUAUCAAACGUACAGUCCAACCAUUCAUUCAUUUAGUGUAACUCGAGUAAACUACUACAGAAAUAAUGAAAAUUUAAGACAUAAUUGCUCCAGGCUCAGCUGAAGUCAAGUUAAAAAUCUCACUUUUAAAAUUUUUUUUAAAAUCAUCUUUGUCAACAAUUUGGUUGCUGCCAUGUGAAUUGGCAUUCACAUUGUAACAUUCUAUCCGAUUCACUAUAAUGCAAAAAAAGUGUAUCUCAAUCUCAAGGUUUAAAAACCUAGGAUCAUGUUUUAUUUUCUUCAAGAAAAACUAGUGUCUCUUUGCAAUUUUGUGUGAUUUUUUUUAAACAAGUGAAAAAAAUCAGAAAAAAUUCCAAUAGAAACUGUUGGUUGGUUUUUCUUCAACAAAAUAAAGCAUGAGUGGGGACAUUCAAUGUUGGAAUCGGAAUAACGGUCCUCUCAACUUCAACAGGCCAAUCCUGCCAUUUUUGCCGGAAAUUUUUUUUUUUUUUUACAAAACUCCCUCCUUUUAUUUUUAAAGAUAAGCCAUCAUUUGAGGAAGAUUUACUGUAACAUUUUUUGUUUUUGUGGCUUACAUCUACCUUACAACAUCUUCGUUCCUAAUUACAAAUUUGUUUCAGAAACCCUUCUUCUGGUGGAGCUUAGUUUAAUUUAUAUUCAUUUUUAUUCCCAUAUGCAAUACUCGUUUAACUAUCAUUUGGUUUAAGGAAAUGUUACAAGUUAAUUUAUCAAAUCCCACUCACUUCUCAGUGCUGAUAGACUAAGCAAGAGUAAUAUAUAAAUUUAAUCAAUGAGACACGAAGAUACCCCAAAUAAUUUAACGAAACAAAACACAAGAAAAUGGGAAGCCAAGUUUGGUUUUCCCUUGUUCUUGUGUUUUGUUUUGCUUAAUCAACGAGUUCAGCUGUCUAAUUUCGACAAUUUUAUGUUUAAGAAUUUAAGAAAUCAUGGUCAUAAUUCUUUAAUUUUUUAUCAUCUUAGAUACUUUUUAGAGCUGCUAGGAAGGUGAGAGUAUGUUUGAAUGGUACAUAGUUGGGAUUUUCUAAUAGGACCUUAAUUAACGUAGCGCAAAUUUUUAUAAGACUGUCUUUUAGUUCUUAAGUCAAUGAUAAAAAAUGUACCUUUUAAAGAACAAUUAAACGUGUGAAGUCAAGAUAUUACACUGUUAUUACCACAAACUUACCUGACUUUGAUGGGCUCUGAAGGGCCUCUAAACAAGGUAUGAAUUAAAACAUUACAGAACAUGCUUUCUCUUUAAAAGUUCACAAGGAAAAUUAAUUGCCCAAUAAGAAGUCUGAAAAUGCACUCCUGAACUAGGUGUGAGUGUUCACAAUUAACAUCGGUUGAAUAGCGAAAAUACAAAAAAUGUCAUUUGUAUAUUUUAACUUCUAAUGCAUCUGGGUUUUAAAUAUUCGUUAAUGUCUCUGCAGGAGUUGAAUUUCAAACUUUUUUGUGUCAAUCAUUUUCUGUGUAAGAUUUUGAAGAGAUUGAUGUGAUGUUUUUCUCUUAGCUCAGACCUUGUGUAGAUGCCUAUUGUGCUCUCUUCUCUAUCCUAGUUAAUUCUUUCUGAAUGCAUGAUCAUAGAUUGCCUAUAUGCUUGUUUUUUGCAGGCACAUUCAAUUUCAGAAUUUUUUAUUUUAAUUUUAAGAGUUUAUUUUUCUAUGGUGUGUUCUAAUUUUAAGUCAAAUUUGUGAGAUCUGUGUGUAGGUGAUGAUGUAUUGUUUUUACUUGAAUUGUAUGAAUGUCAAAAGUAACCUAGUAAAUUUCUAAUUUGUUUUUAAACGUUA